GCAACAUUUGUAUUUUUCCUCUUCAUUCCUUCGAGUCUCGGCUUCCAACUGGGAGUUCGCCAAUUAAGAACCGUAACCCUAAUUUCCCAAUUUUAUUCUUCCCAAACCAAUUAAUUACUCGUUCUCAUUAUCUCCGCCGAGUCAGCCGAACCCAAAUCCCCAAAUCGGACGAUUGAGCUCUGGCACCUCCGUCCUCUUCGAAUUCAUCCUAUCGAACGUUACAGGAAUAAGCAUAGUGAAGAGUUAACCUAAGCUAGGGCUUAAGAGGAAAUGGCACACAGAUUGUUAAGAGAUCUUGAGGCAGAUGGUUGGGAGCGCUCUGACUUUCCUAUCAUCUGUGAGUCAUGCCUUGGUGACAAUCCAUAUGUUCGUAUGACCAGAGCUGAAUUUGAUAAGGAAUGCAAGAUAUGUACACGGCCAUUUACAGUUUUUAGGUGGAGGCCUGGUCGGGAUGCAAGAUUUAAGAAGUCUGAGAUUUGCCAGACAUGCAGUAAGUUGAAAAAUGUUUGUCAAGUAUGCCUUUUGGAUCUAGAGUAUGGUUUGCCAGUUCAGGUUCGAGAUACUGCUCUCAGUAUCAAUUCCAAUGAUGCCAUUCCAAAGAGUGAUGUCAACAGGGAGUACUUUGCUGAGGAGCAUGACCGCAGGACCAGAGCUGGUAUAGAUUAUGAAUCUUCAUAUGGAAAGGUGCGGCCAAAUGACACUAUUCUGAAACUUCAAAGAACAACACCAUAUUACAAAAGGAAUCGAGCACAUGUUUGUAGUUUCUAUGUACGGGGUGAAUGCACACGAGGUGCUGAGUGCCCUUAUAGGCAUGAGAUGCCCGUAACUGGGGAGUUAUCACAGCAAAACAUAAAAGAUCGUUACUAUGGUGUGAAUGACCCGGUGGCAUUGAAGCUACUUAACAAGGCUGGUGAAAUGCCCUCAUUGGAGGCACCUGAAGAUGAAAGCAUUAGAACUCUUUAUGUUGGUGGACUGGAUGCAAGGAUUACAGAGCAGGAUUUGAGGGAUAAUUUUUAUGCUCAUGGUGAGAUUGAAUCCAUUAAGAUGGUGCCUCAACGGGCAAUUGCCUUUGUAACCUACACAACGAGAGAGGGUGCAGAGAAGGCUGCAGAAGAGCUGUCUAAUAAGCUAGUUAUCAAGGGUCUGAGGCUGAAGCUAAUGUGGGGAAGACCCCAAGCUCCAAAACCUGAGUCUGAAGCUUCGGAAGAAGCAAGGCAACAAGCAGCAAUGGCUCAUGGCGGGAUGUUACCUCGGGCAGUUAUAUCUCAGCAGCAGAAUCAAUUACACCCACCUGGACCUCAAGUCCAACCUCCGCCAAUGCACUACUUCAAUAUUCCACCACCACCUCAGCAGGAAAGAACCUUUUACCCAUCAAUGGAUCCUCAAAGAAUGGGUGCACUUGUUUCAUCCCAAGAUGGGGCUUCCAGUGGGCCAAUGGGAUCUGGGGAGAACAAAAAUGCACUGGAGAGGCAGCAAGGGCAGCACUAUCCUUAUCAGGGUAUGCCACCGCCACACGGGCAAUAUCAGCAACAACUUUAUCCUUCAUAUGGGUAUAUGCCGCCAAUGCCCCCUUAUCAGCAGUACCCUCCAUCAUAUCAUCCUGCGGUUCCCCUACCACAGGCUCCCCAAGCCACCCAGCAGCACCAGCAUUCUGUCGUGCCACCAAGGACUGCACCUUCUGCAUCUGCAAGCGCUGGACCUCCACCUCCAGGGUCCGGAGCAUCAACUUCAUCAAAUACAUGAAACUUGGAGGUUGAUUAUAAAUGUUGUAUUUGGGCAAGUUUCUUACAUUAUUCAUGCUUUUUUGGAUGUUUUUUUGCUCCUGCGUUUGGGUUGUACUAAUUUAAUAUGCACCAUAAUUCUUAGUGGUGCUCUUCCAUAUAUGAAGUUAGAUCAAUCUAUACAAUCAGAGGAUUUAACUGUUGCUAUCA